AUGCAGAACACAAUGCCGUGGCCCGUUACAAUCACCGACGUACAAUCCAAAGUGGAUGUGUUUAUAUCGGGGGAAGACGGCCCAAUGGAGCUUCCGCCCGGUUCUAGAAGCGAGGUGAAGAUUACGGUUGGAGGGGUGGAGCUGGGAAUGGAAGACGACACGUGGUCGUACCUGCGUGACGCUAUAGGGAGUGAUAUUACAGUGAAGCCAGGGGGAACAGAGGAGGUGCUGGUGAUAGAGGCGGUUCACGGAGAUGUGGGGAGGCUGUCGCUAAGUAUUUUUCUUAAAGUCGAGGCGCACGCGGAUUGCGACUGCGAGUACCUGCUUCUGCCGAUUGACCUGACGACGUCGCCAGGUGGCGUCGUCUCAAUGGCGGAUGAGAUCGACUUCGGCACGCUGACGUCAGCGCGAGACACGGUGAUCCGCCACGUGGAACUGGGGAACGUCGGCAGCACGAUGGCGGCGGUAGAAGACGUCCGGCUCGCGGUCAGAGACGAACAUUUGCAAGCUGCCCGUUUCCGCAAAGGACAGCAGCUGCCGCCCGGGAAGGUUGUGCAAGUUGCAGAGCUGAAAUACGCAGGCUAUAGCUUGUCGGCCGGUUUAAACGGGAAAGCAGGAGGGGGAGGGGGAGGAGGGGGAGAGGUAGGACCGGAAAUUGAGGGUUUUACACGUAGGGGACGUGUAGUGGUGCAGACGGCGCAGUCAAGUCCGUCGCUUGUAGAGGUGCCGUUUAAAGCGCGGAUAGUCCUUGGUAGCGUGACAGUGGAGCCUGUCGAAAACACCGUCUUUUUUUUCGCAGCAGCACCGGGGAAAGAGAAGAAGCAGGAGGGAGAAUUGUCUGGGCAGCCCGGGGGAGAAAACAUUGGGUUUGUUCGAUCUGCGGUGACCAAGGAGCUGGUCCUGCGAAAUAAGUUUUCCUGCCCGGUGCUCGUAUACGACGCGUUCUUUUCGCACGACUGCAUUCAGGCCAAGGAUUUCCCGUCCUCUCUGCUCCCCCCUGGCGGCUCCAGCAAACCGUUUCUUUUGCAGCUGAAUCCGGAGAAAUUGCCGCUGUCACUCACUAUAGUGAACUUCACUAUAGCGACGAAUGUGAGUGAUAUGGUUGUGCCUUUGCACGUGCUGCCUGGGCUAUUGGAUUUGGACGUUCCGUUGACAGCAGGAGCAGCAGCAGGAGGAGGAGCAGCAGUUGCAGCAGCAUCCGCAGAUAGCAGCAUGAGUGCUUCCCGCUCUCCCCCCUCCACCCGCUCUAGUAUCCAGGAAGGGGCGAUAAUGGGGGGUGUUGGCACAAGGGUAUUGGGUGAGGAGGAAGAGGAAGAGGAAGAGAAGGAGGAAGAGGAGGCGGGGUUUCGCGUUGGGGGAGACGCAGGCACGCAUUCUGAUGGUCGGUACGAGGGUGAGGAGGAACAACAGCAGCAGCAGGAGCAGCAGCUGCAGGGAAACAGUCGCGGGGUUUUGGACUUCGGCUUGAUUCUCCCCGGUUCAAGACGAAACAUAUCGUUUCGCCUGGCCAAUCCGGGCCCGUUUCCGGUCGCCAUCAUGUCCGCGUCGUGCUCCUCCCGCCACGUCACUGUCCACGUCAGCGACGUUAUCCACAUGGAGGAGAGGGAGGCAGAGCGCGCCCCUGUGCCUGUGGCCAUGUCAUCUGCUCUCCCAUCCUCUCAGCACCAAGUAUUUCACCUCCCGAUUAGGUUACACCUGCAGACGCUUGCUAGGUCAUCUGUGGAAGGGGGGACAGGGACUGGUGGCUUAGGGGCAGCAGCAGGAGCAGGAGGGGCAGGAGGGGGAGGAGGUGCGAAGAAAGGAACGAGGAGCAGCGGCAGCAACAGCAGCGAGAGUCGUAGUGGUAACACUGGCAGUGGCACCGUCAGCAGUGGGAGUACGGUUACAGCUGCUACUGCAAAGCCGUCGUUGGUCCUCAAAAGCCCACGUGCAGGCCAAGAGGUGGUUUUAGAGUGCGAGAAUUGCGGAUUGUUCAGCAUUCCAGAGUUCCAUACGGCAGAAGUGACUGUAGAGUUCGCUCCUGUAACGGAAGGAGCAGGUUUGGAGCUGCUGGUGCUUGAAACGAAGCACCAACUACUGAAGCUUGACCUCAAAUUCGCGUCUUUCCGAGGCGAGAUUGCGGUUUCCCCGAAGCUUCCGCUCGUGUUCCCGUCUCUCUUUCCAGGAAAGGCCCAUCGGAUAAAGCUCUCUGCGAACAGCACCUUCCCGCAUCCCCUUGCCGUGACCGGAAUUAGGGUUUCCGAUUCUAGGGUUUCCGCUGAUCUUAAGGCUUCUGUGCUGGGGCCAUCUAAUGGAACGGAGUUGGGCGAUCUUGUGUUUUCCAUGCCGUUGCGGGAAACCUUCGUGACUGCAAGCGGAUGUGCUUCUAACGGGAGCGAGAGCUGGGGGCGAAUGCUAGAGAGACUGCAGGACGGCGGGAGGGGAAGUGCAGGCGGUGAUAAUAGCGAGGAGAGGGACCCGUGGGGUGAAGAUGUGACCAUAGAGGAACGGGAAACGGCACAGGGGAGGCUGGACGAGUGGACGCGCGUGGUUCGUGCAGGCGAGAAUGUGAUUGUAUCCUCGUUAGUUCUUGAAACGGAAGUGAUGGAAUCGGAGGCUGUGGAGGUGAAAGGGGUACUGGCGAAGCCUCGAGUGGUGUCAGAAGCUUCUUCAGGUUUGCAGUACGGUCGGGUACAGGUGGGAACAGCAGCAGGGGAGAUGGUUUUGGUGCAGAAUCCGAGUGAUUACCCUGUGCGCGUGCGCCUGGUGAUGGAUGAAGGGUUGGGAUUUCGGGAGAGAGAGGAGGGUGGGGCGGGUUUUACCUUGGCGGCAGAUGCAGUGACGGAUUUGAUUCUGCCGCCCAGGUGGGAGGGGCGGCUGGGGCCGGUGGUUUUCCGGCCGGAUGCUGCUGGGUGUGUGUAUAACGGAUCAGUCUAUGUGCGGAAUAAUCUGACGUUGUUGGAAGAGGUGAGGAUGGUAGGGGAAGGGGGGUCGGGGGUGCUGCAUGUGAUUGGGAGCAGAGGGCCGGAAAUGCUGCUGAUGGUGAAUGUGACUGAAGAGCAUGUGCUUGUAAAGGAGCGGCGGGGGCGGAGGCUGGUGGGGGCGGCAGGGGGGGCGUAUCCGAGGUUUUAUGUGACUGAAGUGGAGACCAGCGUAGGGAGGGUGAAAUGGCCGGUAGUGGCCGAGCGGAAGUUCAAGCUGGUUAACCGGGGCGAUUUGCCCUUGAAAGUCUUGAGUAUGAGCCUGCACGCGAGCAAGAGCAAGGUCGUGUGUUCCCUCCGUGGAUUCUCCAUCCAUCCAUGCGAGCCCUUCACUCUCGCCCCUGGCCAAUCCACGCCUCUGCUCCUCUCUUUUACACCGGAUCUCACCUCGACUAUAGUUCGUGCCGUCCUCCAUAUAGAGUCAUCCGCUGGUGCGCACGAGCUGCCAAUCCGAGGGUACAUUCCGAGGAACCUUGCAGUGAUUGCUAUAGACGCGGAGCCGAGGCAUCCUAUGGAUUCAGUCAUGAAAGCUGUGGUGGCUUCGAUGCUAGUAGCCAUGUUUGGGCUGCUGGUGCGGGCGGCUGUGUCUCAGCUUACGCUGUUCCCCUCCCCGUGGUUCCCCGGGUUCUCUGCUGCUGCGGCGGCAGCGCUGACUAGGAGACUGCAGAAGAAGCAGAAUGCGCUGCUGCUGGCGAAUCAGCUUCAUGGCUCCGCUGCUGGCGGAGGAGGGGGAGGGGCGUCGGGCGGAGGGGGAGGCGCAGGGGGAGCGGGAGGUGUGGGGUUGGUUGGGGGAGUGGGGGUUGGCGGGGUGGGAGGCGGGAGUUUUCCAGCAGAUGCGGAGACGCGAGCGCGAGUGGUCAGGGUUCGAGUCUCGGUGGCGCCGAUUUCUGCAGGGAGAGGGCAGGGAGGAGAAGCGGGUGGAGGGGUGAGUGGCGUUGUGGGGAUGCCUGUUGGGAAGGGGCAUGACGGCCCUAUGGGGGAUUCUGGGCCGUCCUGGGUGGUAACCCGAGUGGAGAAGGUUACAGAUGGGGCGGAUGGGGAGGAUGAUGGCGUUACUGAUGCUGAGAUUGGGCUUGGACUAGAAACGGUGCUGGCAGUGCGGAAGCAGCAUAUGGAGCAACAGCAGCAGCAGGAGCAGAAGCAGCAGCAAAAGCAGCAUGUGGGUUUACCAAGUCAGCAGGCGUCAAGGCUGGUGCUGAAUGCUCCCCAGGCAGUGGAGCAAGGGAAGAAACAUACAGGCCAGAAGCCCGAGUCUGCAGCAGGUCAGAUGGCAUCCCAGCAACAGCAGGAGCAGCAGCAGCAGCAGGUGGGUGUUGAUCGUGGGGCAGGGAAGAGUGCGAUGCUGGUUGCAGGAGAGGCAACUGUGACAGCGGUGGCAGGUGCAGCUGGUAAAGCAGCACGGAAGAGCGCAGACUUAGGAACAGCAGGGGCGACUUUUGAGGCGCCUCAAAAGUCGGUGGCAGUGGCAGCUGGUCAGGCAGCACGGAAGAGCGCAGACUUAGGAACAGCAGGGGCGUUUGCGCCUGCAGCAGGUUCAACUGGGGGAGGCGUAGCUGUUGCAGGUGGAGUGGGAGGGGAGUCAUUUGGGACCGGGGUACCCGAUGCGGCUCGAGUGUUUGUGAAAUCCGCUUCUGUUCCUUCAGGUAGGGGUAAGAGCAGCCAAAAAGAGGCUGAUGCUGUUGCUGCUAGUGGUGGCGCUGCUGGAACUGACAAUCUGGCUGCUGCUGCUCCUGCUGUGAUGGAAGGGGGUACUGGGGGCGAUAAGGCUGGGAAGGAGGGAAGUGGGGCGACUUGGAACCCCAGUGCGUGUAGCAAGGGGGGUGGUGGUAAAGGGGGGAAGGAGGGGGUUGGUAAAGGGGAGGAGAAGAAGCAGCGUGGGAAGAAGGGGAAGGAGGAGAAGAUGAGAGAAAGGGAGUUGGAGAAGGAGAAGGAGAAGGAGAAGGGGAAGGAGAAGGAGAAGGAGAAGGAGAAGGAGCGGGAGAAGGAAAGGGAGAAGAAACAGGCGGAGAUGGAGGCUCAUUGUGAGAAGGAAUCAGGUAAGUCAAAGGAGAACGAGCAGGGACGCAAGGAGGAGGAGAGUGAGAAGGAGAAGGGAAAGAAGACUCAGAAGGAGGAAGGAAAGAAGGGGAAAGUCAAGGAGAAGGAAAAGUCUGCAGAGACUGAAGAGGUGAAGGAGAAGGGGUCAAAAGGCAGUACAGAGGCGGCAGGAGAGAAAAAGGGAGAGCAUGGGAAGGAGGAGAAGAAUCAGGAGGAGGGUGGGAAGGAGGAGAAGAAGGUGGGAGUGGUUGAGAAGCUAGGGGUGGGGGAGAAGCUAGGGGCGGUUGACAGGAAGGUUGCAGAGGAGAAGCAAGGUGCUGUUGAGACGGGGAAGAAGAAGAAGAAGGGCCAGGCAGCAGCACGGGAGCCUCCCACAAAGGAGGGUGGUGGUGGGAAGAAGCAGGGGCCUGGAGAGAAGGAGAGGGAAGGAGGCGGAGGGAAGUUGAAAGAAGUGUCAGGAAUUCUCACCACUUCCCACCACCAGGGAAUCAGGGAAUCUGCUGUGGUCUCUCCUCCUUGUGCUCCCAGACAGCCCUCUCCGGCCCCAUCAGCUGGUCAAAGCACUGGUAGCAGUAGCAAAAGAGAUGCCGCAGGUGCUGGGAUCAGUGCUGCUUCGGCAAACGAUCUUGCUCUAGCUGGUGUGAAGCCUGUGGCUAUUGGGAAGACUGCUGCUCGGGCACUGCUUCAGCAGCAGCAGAAGGAGAAGGAGCAGCAGGCAACGCAGCAGAAGCUUCAGCAGCAGCAGCAGCAGAAGGAGAAGGAGCAGCAGGCAACGCAGCAGAAGCUUCAGCAGCAGCAGCAGCAGCAGCAGAAGCUUGUGGGCCGUGGGUCUGUAGCAGCAGCUGGUGCAGCUGGCAUGAGGGUUACCCCAGAGAAAGCAGGUUUGGCUUUUGGACGGGGCAAGUCGGCUGCUUCUGGUGGUUCAGCUGGCUCGGCUGGAUUACCUUCUGGCAAGCAAGUUGCUCGUUCCUUCUCCCGCUCCCCACCACCACCGGACCCCUUUUCUCCUCCUGCAGAAGCAGCAGCAGCGGCAGCAGUGCCACCAGCAGCACGGCCAACAGCAGUUGGCGAAGGCGUUGCGCACAGCUGGCACGUUCAGAUAUCUGCUUCCUUCUCUUCACCUCUGCCUGCAGGACUAGGGGGGAUAGGAGGUGGGGGAGGAGGGGGAGGAGGCGGAGGAGGAGGAGCGAGCAGGAUGGCAUCUAUUCCCAAGACCCCUUCCUUUGUCAACACCUGUUCCGACCCUAUCCUGGUGCAUCGGCGCCUUCCCCCCUCCUCCACCCCUGUCGCCAUCGGCAGCGGCAGCAGCACCAGUAGUGGCGGCGGCGGUGGCAGCGGUGCUGGUUCUGCCGCUGCAGACUCCUGGAAGGUUCCAGGGUUGCUGAGCCCGGGCAGCCGAGUGGGGAGUUUUCUUGGUGGGGGGAGUAGCAGUGGGGGGAGCGGUGGCAGCAGGGGGGAGCUAGCAGCUGCUGCGGAUCUGGCAGUGGGCUCGUUUGCCAGGAGUGGUAGCAGGGAGGAUGGGUUGCCCGGAGCUGUGGCGUUUGGUGGCAGUCCUGCUGCUGCUGCUGCUUGUGCUGGUGGUGGUGGAGGCACGGGGGUUGCUGCAGCUUCAAGGGGUGGGGUGCGGUUGGAAGGUUCUUCAGGUGGUGGGCUGGCAGGAGCAGGUGAUGACGAAGCAGCUGUGUACGAUCUGUGGGGUAACCAUUUCGACCACCUUGCAUCGUUUGGGACAUCCCCACACCCAACAGGCAUCUCCCACCCAUCAAGCCUCUUCUUUUCAGACCGAGGCUUUCUGACCGCCUCUCCUCCUCCACCCACCACCUCCUCUGUACCCCACUCCUCGGGAAUCCUCGGGCCUUCACUCCUCCACGGCUCGCCCUCCUCUCCUCGCUCCCCGCGCGUGAUUGCACCACCUGCCAGAACCAGGGAUGCUCUGUCCCCUCCUCGUGACCAGUAUCUUUUCUCCUCUACCAUCUCUGGAACUCCUGAGGCUGACGGCCUUCCCCGUCGCCCCUCCACUGAGCUCUUCUCUUCUCCUUUUGGGGGGUUUUCUCUCUUUCCUACUACUUCACUGUCUGCUUCUUCGCCGGGGGAUGCUGUUCUAGGCCCCCCUUCCAGGUCUGCUUCUCCAGCUCCCUAUGGAUACCCGGAUAGAGGGGGUGGGUUGGGAGCAGGAGGUGUGGGGUCGGGAGGCGAAGGUGCGGUUACCACUGGUGGAUUGUUUGGAGCUUCAGGGGAUGCAAGCCUGCAGGGUCCUGUGAGCUCCCCGUUUGGGUUCGGGGUUUCAGGAAUCGACAUGGAGGCGUACUUGAAUUGUGGGGUUGCAGCGGAUGCUGUCAGCCCUGCGUUUAUGAGGACUUCAGAUGUGGAGUCGUUUUGGUCGCAUGGGGCUCCAGAGCAAGCGCUCCAUGGACAUGUUUCAUCGAGCGGAGAGAGUGAUGACACAAGCGCACAGCCAUGA